CCAUAUGUAAACGAACCCUCCUGAAACCCUAAUUCACUUGCGAGCGCCGAGAGAGAGAGAGAGAGAGAGAGAGAGAGAGAGAGCGGCGUAACCAGAGAGCUCCAAAGGCGAAAAUGGUGAAGUUCUUGAAGCCAAACAAGGCGGUCAUCGUCCUCCAGGGUCGCUUCGCCGGCCGUAAGGCGGUCAUCGUUCGAUCCUUCGACGACGGCACCCGCGACCGUCCCUACGGCCACUGCCUCGUCGUCGGCGUCGCCAAGUACCCCAAGAAGGUCAUCCGAAAGGACUCCGCAAAAAAGACGGCCAAGAAGUCACGCGUCAAGGCGUUUAUCAAGCUGGUCAACUACAACCACAUCAUGCCCACUCGGUACACCCUGGACGUGGAUCUCAAGGACGUCGUCACCGUGGAUUCGCUUCAGUCGAGGGAUAAGAAGGUGACCGCGGCCAAGGAGGCCAAGGCCCGGUUCGAGGAGCGGUUCAAGACUGGGAAGAACCGGUGGUUCUUUUCCAAGCUCCGAUUCUGAAAAAGGUCGCGUUUAUUCCGGCUCUAUGUUAUGUUUCUGAUAAUUGUAGUGACGGCAACUUUAAUGUCGUUCUGGUUUAGGGUUUCUUUGUGAUAUUUUGGCGAAUUUUGUCUUGGAUUUUGAAUUUAGUUUGUGAUUCGAAUGUUGAACUUGGUUAUAUUUUCAUGGAUCCGUUAUGUUUCUCAGCUGCUUUUAUGUUUAUGCAUAUCCCAGUUUUAUGCGGGGCCUUUGGAUUGAGAGAUUUGAU